ACCCGGAGAGGACGCGUCGUGUCCGGCCGGUGUUUGUCACCUGCGGCAGCGCGUCACUGGAGCAUUUGUUUUUAAACGAGGAAUAAAACCGGAUCAGUUUUGGAAUAACGAGGUUCAGAGUCCGAGGGUCCGGACCGAAGCUGAGCCGCAGACAGAGUCCGGAUCCCGGAGCCCGGUCGGUCUCUGGAGAUGUGGACACACAAAGCCGUCGCCACCAUGACCUGCUGACAUCACCCCCCCCCCCCCCCCCCCCCCCCCCCCCCCCCCCCGACAAAAUGGCUGUGACCGAUUGGUUGUCGCCGUGGCGACCGCCGUCACUGAUGCUGCUCAUCAUCCUCACUUUCCACUUCCUGUCCGAGUCGGCGUCGACCAGGGUCCCUUUCCCCAAAGACCUGGAGCCGAUCUAUGUGGUCGUCGCUGAGCAGUCGUGUCAGUUUCCAGGGUUCCAGGGUUUACUGCAGGACAACGACACGCUGCGUCUCGGUCUGGACUUUCAGAGAAUGUUACGCAUCAACCACAUGUUGUACAUCGCUGCCAGGUAUACACACACACACACACACACACACACUCUCUCUGCUGCAGCUGAACGUCACGUGACUUUGUGCCUUGUCGUCCUCAGAGAUCACGUGUUUGUGGUGAACCUGACGACUGCCUCAGAAGAUUUUGUGCCUCAGCUGAAGCUGACGUGGAAAUCUAACGACGUGAGCAAGUGUACGGUCCGAGGGAAGAACAGCGACGAAUGUUACAACUACGUUAAAGUCCUUGUGCCAAGAGACGACGAGACAAUUUUCGCCUGUGGCACAAACGCUUUCAACCCCACCUGCCGGAACUACCAGAUGGGCUCGUGGGAGCAGGUUGGGGAGGAGCUAGUGGGACAGGCACGCUGUCCCUUCGAGUCCCACCAGUCCAACGUGGGACUGUUCGCUGGGGGCGACUUCUACUCGGCCACCAUGACGGACUUCCUGGCGAGCGACGCCGUCAUCUACCGGAGCCUGGGAGACGAGCGGCCCGUCCUCCGGACCGUCAAGUACGACUCCAAGUGGCUCCGAGAGCCUCACUUCCUGCACGCCAUCGACUACGGGAACUUCGUCUACUUUUUCCUCAGUGAGAUCUCAGUGGAGUACACUGCUCUGGGCAAGGUUGUGUUUUCUCGGGUCGCUCGUGUCUGUAAGAACGAUAACGGCGGAUCUCCCAGAGUACUGGAGAGAUACUGGACGUCGUUCCUCAAGGCUCGUCUCAACUGUUCGGUUCCUGGAGAUUCUUUCUUCUACUUCGACGUCCUUCAGUCUCUCACUAAUGUUCUACAGAUCAACCAGAGACCUGCUGUGGUCGGAGUGUUCACCACUCAGGCCAACAGUAUCCCUGGAUCUGCAGUUUGUGCUUUCUACAUGGACGACAUCGAGAAAGUCUUCAACGGCAAGUUCAAAGAGCAGCGGACCAGCGACUCAUCCUGGACUCCAGUUCCUGACGAUCAGGUUCCCAGACCCCGACCUGGUGUGUGUGCAGGCGACGGUCCGGCCGCUGACUACAAGUCCUCGGUUCAUUUUCCAGACGAGACGCUGACGUUCAUCAAGUCGUAUCCUCUGAUGGACGAAGCUGUUCCCUCCGUCAACGACCGGCCCUGCUUCACCAGGACGUCCAGCAGGUCUAAGUUGACCCAGAUCGUGGUGGACGUUUCAGCUGGUCCCUUCAAGGACCGGACGGUGAUGUUCUUGGGCUCAGACGACGGCCGAGUCCUGAAGGUUCUAGCGAGCACGCACCCCAACGACAGCUUCGGAUCCAAACUGUUGGAGGACAUAGACGUUUACAACCCGUCCAAGUGUAACGUUCAGGGGCAGGAGGACAGGAGGGUUCUGGGAUUGGAGCUGGAUAAGGACCAUCAUGCUUUGUUUGCAGCCUUCAGCAGCUGUGUGAUCAGAGUUCCGCUUAGCCGCUGCCCCCGACACGGAGCCUGUCAGACAGCCUGUCUGGCCUCUCGUGACCCAUACUGCAUCUGGCUGCGGACCGGGAGUUGUGCCAACAUGGCCCCGGGAUUCAAGGCUGGCUUUGAUCAGGACGUCGAGGGCGACCAGUCGUUCCAUGCUGACGCCUGUCACGCCGACGUCUCGGCGACGGCACGAAACCACGAGUCCGGAGCCGACUCUGCCUAUGGUGUCCAUCAGCUUCCGGACAUGGACCAGCGCAUCGGCGCUAACGUCCACUACACACUUCUGAUCGCCUGCAUCCUGGUGGCGUUCUUCCUGGGCGCCAUCUUGUCCGGCUUCCUGGUGUCGUGUCACUGCAGCCGCGGAGCCGCUCAGCGGGCGCAGAUGCUGGGAAAAGACCCCGAGGCGUCGCUGCCCCACGCUCUGUCGCUGCGGUCGCUCGCCAAGCUCAACGGACUGCUUGAGGGAGGGGCCAAGGAGGACAAACGGGACGUGUCCCCUCCACAGAUCUACAGCUCCUUCUUCCGCAAUGGCCGAGCCUCCCCUCACCUCUGCAACCCCGUGCGCCACGACCUGUUGCUGGGAGACCCCGACCACCGCCUGUCCCAGGUAGGAGACCCCGACCACCGCCUGUCCCAGGUGGACGGAGAACCGUCCGGCCCACCGACGCCGGACUCCACCCCCGAGCUGCCCGUCAAGAACAUGGCGGCGGCGCUGCGGAACCAUCAGUACGAGAACAACCAGAACUGCAACAACGCCACAGACAACGACCCGAAGUCUGGGCCCAGCUGCUCCGGGUCCAGUCUGGGUUUCGUGGCCGUCGUCGGAAACACUUUGUACUCUCAUCACCAUGGCAACAGUCUGAGCAACGGAGCCGCCCACGGAGCAGGCGCUUCGUCCACGUCACUGCACCUCCCCGAGGAGAGGAAGUUCUCCAACGAUGAGCGGGCAGCAGGGGGCGGGGCAGGAGGGGGGGCAGCCCCCCAUCAGCAGCCCCUCCCCCAGACGCCGGUGGACGUGUCGGCGCUCGACGAGCUGCUCAGACACAUCCACGAGGUCAGUGCGUCGGGGACCGGAGGCAUCAAGGUCCUCACCUCCACUUCCUCGUCCUCCCUGCUCCCCGGGCCGUCCUCCGCUGGGGGACAUCAUCAUCAUCAUCGUCAUCAUCAUCAAGGUCACCACAGUCAGACGCGCACGCACCACUACAACCCUGGCCAUCACCAUAGCAACCAUCACGACAACAACAGUCACCAGAUCCCAGAGACUGAAUCCGCUGCAUAUUACAGCUCCUCCACGCUGCUGAGGGACCUCAGCAGCGUGGAGGCACCUUCUCACAACUCCGCCUCAUCUUCUUCCUCCUCUUCAUCCGCCAAAAAUCCAACCUCCUCCACUUCCAUACCUUCCUCCUCCUCUUCCUCCUUCUCCACUCCACUCCAGCCUCAGGUGAUGCCGGAGAGACCUGGAGGAAGCGGCGUCUCCGUGACACGCCACCACUCCCAGCGCCACUCCCUGAUCAAGAUGGGCAGUGGGGGCGGCGCUGUGCCUCGCCACCACAGCUUCAACCAGCGGGGGGCGCAGCACCUUCUCGCCAGGAUGAACACCAACAGCAGCAGCAACGGCCCACCGGCCAGCGCAAACACCAGUACCAGCUGUGAGAGCCGGCGGCUGGCGGUCGCCAGCGCCUGCCUGACGCGGCAGCACAGUUACAGCGAGGGGCCAAAUGCGCGUCGGGCGGCAAUCGUCCGGAGAACGGUGUCACUCAAACCGCAGCUUCCCCCAAAACCCUUGUUCCUGCCAAAUACAGCGACAUCAGCAGCAACACAGGCAGAAACAUACAACUACUGAGAAGAGAUGGCGCCAUUCCAACAUGGCUACCGCCGUCCUCGCAUUGUGAACAGGGCCGGUGAGACGGUGACGUCCCACCCGUCAGUCGGGAAACUGUCCUGCUGCCGAGAGGGCGCGGAUCGCAGUCGCCGCUGGACUCAGAGACUCGUUCAAAAAACACGAUGUCUGACUCAUUUGUUGCCGUUGCGACUUGCCUCAGGUCAGACUGCGGAUCAGAACCGGCUCAGAAGCAGAAAGAACGAGGUGAAAUAUUCCUGAUUCAUAAAGAUUUAAAAUCAGAAUCUGCUGCAACAUGACGAGAACCGAUUCUGCGACAUGAAUCAAAGGAUGUGAAAAAUAAAACUACUGUCUUUGUUCCUGAAUCUGAAAAUAUCAGUGAAAUAAUCUGAGACCAGUUUUGUCUUGUUGUUGGAGAGAUGAAGACAUUUUAUAAAUCAACACAUCAGCAUCAUUAAGUCUCUUCACCUCCAUGUUAACAGAAGACCAGACGAAUGUUCUUUUUUAUUACGUAUUCAUAUGUGAAAAACACGAAUCAUCACACAGGUGAACGCUCAAAUGACCAAUUCACUUCAUGUUGCUUUGAUUCAGUUGUUUGUUUGAAUUGAUCCUGUGAAUGACUUCAUGUUCGUCCUUCACAAGGUUUUUAUGAACUGAUCAUCUGAUGAAUUAUUCAUUAGAGUUUUCACUGUAACAUCUUACAGAUGUUUCACAGAUGAACCUGUGUCCACGGUGACGUCCUGAGCUGCCAACAGAUGAUUUGUUUUGUUUUGUUUUCCAAUAAAAGAGAAGAAAAUGAGCAAUAAACAUCAAAGUUAACAUUCUGCUACAGUUCAGAAUAACCAAUAAUGAAAAGAACUAAAACUUUUACUGUUCAUUCAUAAUUUCAUAACUUUAAUGAAUGUUUGUUGCUCAUGUUCAGUCUUCGUGUGACACACGUUU